AUGAAAGCCCAAGAUGAUUCUUUAAGACUAGGCAGAAUGGUCGUGCUACCAUCAACAUUCUUAGGAAGCCCAAGGAAUAUGUUGCAGCUUUAUCAAGAUGCUAUGGCAAUGGUUAGACAGUUUGGAAAACCAGACAUAUUCAUCACAUUUACAUGCAAUCCAAAAUGGAGAGAGAUCAAAGACAAUAUUAAAGAAUACCAACAACCAGAGCACAGACCAGACAUUGUAGUGAGAGUUUUCCAUGAAAAGGUAAAAGAAAUUAUUAGACUUCUAAAAACUGUACAAAUUUUUGGACAGGUAAAAAAUUACCUUUACGUCAUAGAAUUCCAAAAAAGAGGACUGCCUCACGUACACAUCCUUCUAACAUUAGGUAACCAAGAUAAAUUACGUGAACAUCAUCAAAUAGAUGCAGCAAUAUCUGCUGAAAUACCAGAUCCCGAAAAAGCACUACAUAGAUGUGUCACUGAAUACAUGAUACACAAUCCAUGUGGGCACAUUAAUCCACAGGCUGUGUGCAUGAAGGAUGGAAAAUGCAGUAAAGGUUUUCCCAAACCUUUCCAAGAGAACACGAAAACAAAUGUCAAUGGAUAUCCCCUAUACCAGAGAAGAAACAGUGGACAGACAGUAGUUAAGAAAAUUAAAGGACAACAUGUAGACAUAGACAACAGAUAUGUGGUUCCUUAUAACCCAUACUUAUUAAAAUACUUUCAGGCACACAUUAAUGUUGAGGUGUGCUCCAGUAUAGCUUCUAUAAAAUACUUGCACAAAUAUGUUUAUAAAGGCCAUGACUGCACCAUUUUGGCAGUCACAGUGAAUGAUGGAGUCCAAAACUAUGAUGAGAUCACAAAUUAUGUCAAUGCAAGAUACGUUGGUCCAACUGAGGCUAUGUGGAGAAUCUUUGAGUACAAUUUACAUGACAAAUCACAUAUGGUAGUACGACUCCCUGUACAUUUGCCAAUGCAACAACAAGUACUUUUUAAAGAGGGCAAGGAAACCUUGGCCUUAGCACUGGCAAAAACGUCAGAUACUAUGUUAACAGCUUGGUUUAAAGUCAAUCAACAAAUUGCUGAACAAAUGCAGGAGGAAGGAAACAUGCCUACAGGCUUACAGCACUGUGAAAAUUCUGAUUACUGCCUUUACCCAGACAUGCCAAAACAUUACAAGUGGAAUGCAGCGAAAAAACAAUGGGAAAAAAGGAAAAACAAAGCCAAGGCAGACACUGUCCUAGCAAGGAUGUAUGCUGUGUCUCCCAGAGACACAGAACGUUUUUACUUAUGA